AUGGAGCAAGACUUUGUGCCUAGGGUUGAACUGCCUCACUUACAGGAUAAUACAACCCAAUAUUGUGAUCAAUCAGCACAGGAAGGGUCCCCAACAUUGGUUAGUCAAAUUGAUGACACUGACAUUUGGGUUGGCAUGUCAUUUAAAUCUGCAGAGUGUGUGAAAGCUCAUUAUCGUCAAUAUGCUAUGAAGAAAGGAUUCGGUAUGAAGGUGAGAAACUCAAAGAAAGGAACUGAUGGCCAAAUUAAAUACAAUAUGUUUGCAUGUGUUUGGGAAGGAAAUUAUGUGUCGUCCCUGCCAAAUGAUUUGAAAACAAACCCAACAAGGAAAAUUCAGUGUCCUGCAAAGAUUUGUACAUCGGUACACAAAGAUGGGCUUUGGUACAUUAACACAUUUAAUGAUGACCAUUGCCAUGACUUGAGCCCCGGAAAAUCUAGGAUGUUCGAAGGUAAUAGAAGAAUAAGCAUGCAUGUUAAGCGGACUAUUCAGAUUAAUGAUGAUGCAGGUGUUAGGUUCAAUAAGAGCUUCCGCUCACUUGUUCAAGAAGCGGGAGGACAUGAGAAUUUGCCAUUUGUUGAGCGAGACAUCCGGAACUUUGUGCGACAGGAAAGGAAGAGACUUGGAAAGGAUGGUGAUGGCAAGGCACUACGUGAGUAUUUCUCACGGAUGCAACAACUGAAUAGCAAUUUCUUUUAUGAAAUUGACUUGGAUGACGACUUCCAUGUGAGAAAUGUGUUUUGGGCUGAUGCAAGAAGCAGGGCCUCGUAUGAGUACUUUGGAGAUGUUAUCUCUUUUGACACCACUUAUUUAACAAAUAAGUAUGACAUGCCAUUCGCCCCUUUUGUUGGUGUCAACCACCAAGGGCAAUCUAUUUUGCUAGGAUGUGGUCUAUUGUCUGCUGAAGACACAGAGUCAUUUACAUGGUUGUUUCGGUCAUGGCUGAGUUGCAUGUAUGGAAAGUCUCCACAAGGUAUUGUGACGGACCAAUGUAAGGCAAUGAAGAAAGCAAUACAGUUAGUUUUCCCGGAUGCUCGACAUCGGUGGUGCUUGUGGCACAUAAUGAAGAAGAUACCAGAAAAAUUUAAAAGUUUUCUUGAAUACAAAAGUAUAAAGUGUGACAUGAAAGAAUGUGUUUAUGAAUCACUCACAGAGAGAGAUUCGAAGAUGCAUGGAAUGCUUUUGUAA